AUGGGAGGUGGCUUGCUCCAUAUUUUGCUGAAGGUGAUGGCUUCUUCCAGUGAAUUUCCGGGGUCUUCCAACGCUUGGAGGCAGCCGGUCUUGCUGUGUAUCAACCUGUCAGCAGUCUACGGGAGCUUCCAGUGUGGUUUAAAGAGACAUCAUGCAGCUAGAGAUAUGAUGUGUUGCGUUUUAUACGGAAGUCCACCGGAUAUCAUUUCGGGCACAACAAACAUUACUCUAUUGAUUGCCGCAGAGCCUAUCAUAGAAACACUAGUCAUGAAGAUGUUGGUGCAGUAUCUUGGUUCCUGCUUGCUGCAUAUAUCUUCCAUGGAGUCACACAUUACUGGAUUCCGGGACGUUGAGAGAUUUGAUGGCAUGGUAAGGGUGGAAAUUCCUCUCUCUCUCUCAAACGGAUAA